GUGGCGCGGGUCGAGCGUAGGGAGUUUUGCGUGCGGAGAUAAGGUGAGGUGGUGGAGGCGGCACUGGUGGUGCAGUGUUGCAGCGGCCAAGGUGAGCAGUGCCGCGCCGAGCUCGUUGCUGGUGGUGGUGCUACUGCAGGCUGCCGCUACUGGGUGUCCCACGCCCACAGUACACGCCCUCGCCACCCGCGCUCCUCCAUACCCCUCCACAAACCUCCCCUCCACCCAGCACUCGCCCUCCUCCUGGCAGGCCUUGCCUCCUGCAAGCAGACAGUGCUGUGCUUGUAUUGAUUGCUGAGUGGAGGUGACAAGAAGUGUGAGAGUGAGGAGGAGGCAGCACAGAGAGGCAGGCUGCCAGCCAAGCAGAGUGUGAGUGGUAUCUGUGCCAGCAGUAGACUGUGGUGGCCGCGCUCCGCCACCACCACCAACCAGUCCCCCACUGCCCACUAGUCUAGGGGGAUGCUUGCUGCAUCGCUCCCGCUCCCUCUACAUCAUUACUCACAACUUGUGCUCCAGUGGGUCUCGCACGCAGUGUCUCACAUUCCCGUAGUUACUCAGUUAAUAUUGACGGAUUUAUGUAAAUGUGGUGUACAAUUGUGUCAGUUUUUGUUAUUGUUUUAGUGAGCGAAAACUUCUCUCUUCUCUUGUGAUGUGUCUGCAUUGCUUGGAUGUUCCAUCCGUAUAAUGUUUAUCGAAAGCAAGUGGCAGUGUGAUCAGUUGAUCAUACAACUUUGAUGUGAACUCUACAAGACAUUGUGUGUUUUAGCAAAUAGUUACAUCAAGCAUUACCGUUGUUUCUCCGAGUUUGGUGUUUGGGCGCCCCCCUCGCAAGAGUGCUUGAUGCUUUCAUCUGCUUGCGAUUCAUUACCCAUUGGCAUUACAGAAGAUAUUAACUUGGCAAGUAACUAAAGUGAUUUUUAUACUUUUGUGUUUUUAUGAGACUUAGCUUCAAACAAGUUCACCUACCCAAGGUCUUGAGUCAGCUCUGCUAGAAGACCAAGGGGAGCAAGACGAAGAAAUGGUCCGGAACGGAGAUGAGAGAAAUAAGAUGGAUGUGAGGCGGUAUGAGCUCCGGUGGACGCACCAUCAGUCCACUGUGGUGGCGGAGGUGGGCUCGCUCUACAGGGACGCCGCGCUGGUGGAUGUCACCCUCGCCUGUGAGGACCAGCGGACCUACCAGGCCCACAAGCUCGUACUCUCAGCAUGCUCACAAUACUUCCAGGGCCUGUUCUCCCGGCACGCAGCCCACCAGCACCCCAUCAUCUUCCUGAAGGAUGUGAGCGGCGACGAGUGCGAGGCCCUACUGACGUACAUGUACCGAGGGGAGGUCUCCGUCAGCCAUGACCAGAUACAUCGCAUCCUGCGGGUGGCCAACUCUCUCCAGGUUCGGGGGCUGGCUGACAUGGAGCCAUCAUCCUCCCGGCCAUCUUCCCCUACUGGGGAUCGGGGAGGCCACUGUCCCUCAUCCUCCCCCUCCCCCAGUACUGGCCCUCCCACCAAAUGUGCCACCCCCAUCAGUGAGCCCCAUUCCCCAAACCCUCCACCUCUGGUCAACCCCGCAUUGUCCAGUUUAGGAAGUUCCGGUCAUCCUGUACUCUCCCAUCCCACUGGAGCUGAUCCUCAUCAACCAAGGCAUCCAUCAGUGGCAGCAGCAGCUGCAGCAGCAGCAGCUGCUGUUGCAGUUAGACCCCCACCAGGCCCCCAACACCCCCACAUGCCCCCAGAAUAUCAUCCUUACCCUUUGUUACCCCACCGCCCAUAUGAUCUCCCAGCAUCAGGGUCUUCUCUCUUGGCUGUCAAUGAGUCGGACGCGAGCAGAGAUGAAAUCACAAAAUGCCAAACCAGUGCUUUGCCAAGAUCACCUUACUCAACACAGCUGCGUGUAAAACAAGACUUGGGUGGAAAUAGCUGGGAGGGCCCAUUGGAGGUUGGUGGCGUAUCACCACUCUCCCUGAGUGACCCUCCCCGACACCCUUACCUUCCUCCGGCCAUCUUUAGUAGUUUCCUGCAACAUGACCAUACAGCAACUAGCUCUCAACCAUAUGGGGCCCUGCAGAGGAUGUUUCCAAUAAGUGACCCUCUGCGUCGGCUGGAUCGGCUGAGUACACCCGGUAGUGAGACACGCAUCCACAAAUGUCAGUAUUGUUCUCGAAAGUUUAAGAGGAAGGACCAUCUCAAGACUCAUGUCAGGAUUCAUACCGGAGAAAGACCAUACAAAUGUAAAGUCUGUGGUCGGGGGUUUAUCCAAAGCCAACAGGUAAAAAUCCACAUGAAAGUCCAUGUGCGGGAAGAUGCCUCAGGUGUAGGGGCUCCGUCUGCUUUGGGGCCUGGUGGAGGUGGAGGCAGUGGUCUUGCUUCCCUCUAUCCAGAUCUUGGGGGGCACUAUAGUGACCAACAGGGGCUGGGUGCCCCCCAUAAUGAUCCCCACACAGACUUGGAUCAGUCCACAGAGAACAAUCCACCUGAUAAUGACUCUGAUAAUGAGUGCAGCUCAGAGAUUGCUGAUGUGGAAUAUGAAGUGCGGCUACAACAGGAGAGUGGAAGCGGGGGUCCAGGUCGCACUCCCCCUACAUCGAACCCCUCGUCUGUGGGUGUACGUGAGCACAAGACCCCGUCCCCACAGUCCCCCACUGGGGCUGUGUCAAGGAGCCACCCAACUCCCCCAGACGACCAGAGCUGCAGUGCCAUGUCUCUGAAGGAAUCAUAUCAUAUAGGUAGCAAUAUAAAAAAAUGAUGGCUAAUGUGCUGUGAUGAUAGAGGCUUUAAUUAAGUAACUGUUGGUUAUACUAAUUGUUUUGUUGCCAAUAUGCAUUUCCAAACCAUCAGAAAAUUUCCGGCUUCAGUGUUAAUUCCUUCAAAAGCAUAUCGAUGGCAGGAAUGAUACAAUAGCAACGGCUCAACUGGACAGACAGCUUACCAUUUCAACCCCACGUUCAAUAUGAAUUUACUGCAAUAAUACAAUAGAUGGAGUGUUUGCCUAACAGACUUCAUAUAUCCCCUAGCCAUUGUUAUGUCAAUGAUCAAGUGAGAAGUACCAGUGUGUGAUAAAACAUGCAUGACGGUCUGUGAUCUGUUUGUAGGAGGAUUUUUUUUCUACUUAAACUAGGUACUCAACCUGGACUCGUGCGUGCAAUAUGUAAUUACACUGGAACUCUGGGAAGUAUGGAGACUUUAAAGGGUAAACUCAACCCAUCGGGUUGUUUACACUAUUUGUUUCUUUUUUAUAUCUUUUUUUUUCUGUUUUUUCUUUCUGAUGAAUUGCUCCCAAUUUCUUAUAAGCCAUAACUUAUGUGUUGGACAUGCUCAUACAGUCAGCAAGUGCUUCUCACAGAUAGUUUUAUAUUGAGAAGACCAAACUCCCCUAGAUUAGAAAACAUACUGCAAGAUUAUUUUAUUAAUCCAGAUGUCUUCAAACUAGAAAUAAGUUUUAGUUUCUGUUAGUCCGUAGUAAAGAUUUAUGUUAUGCUUCCACGUCGUGUGUUGUGGUGUUCACUGGCAUUUAUGGUUCAUCAUUUUUGGCAUUGUCAACUGUACUAAGCUGUAAAUAAUGCUGUAUAGACUUACAUUAAUGUGAACACAAAAAUAUAAGUCAUAUGACUGAAAACAAGCUUUAUUACAGAUGAUUUUGUCACAUAUCAAAGUUAAUCCAUACAGCUCCUGGCCAUGCUUUCUUCCUCACAGCUUUGCAGUGGAUAAAUAUCCAGUUUUACUAGGUAUUCCUUUUUAGCAGUUGUUACUUCAUUGCCCUUCCCCACACACACACACACAAUUUACCUGUUAUUUUACAAAGGGAGUUUGGUUUAUCAGUGAGAUCUCAUCGUAGGGAGUAGAAAAGACUUGAACCCAGUGCCACCUUUUGUUGGUUCUUAAAAGUGAUGAUAUAGUAAUAGUUAAUUUUAAUAAUUAUUUGCCAAGUUAGAAGGAUAAAAACUUCACCAAAGAAGGUGUAUUUUAAUGUUUGAACUUUCUUAAAGUAAGGUAGGUUCAUCUGUUGUUUUUCAUUCCCUUCUCCGCUACAAAGCAAAGUGAGGGGUGAGGCUUAGAUUUUUUUUAACUUCUAAAAUGAGUGAUGCUUGAUGGAGGGGGCUUGUUGCUUGUCUUUUUGAUAUGAGGGACAGGGUGGGUAUGACUUCUUAUCUUACAUAUUAUGUGGUUUGCCUUUUGUAUAUGGGAUAUAGUGUCUGUUACUACCACUGAGCAAAGCUGAAUACAAUUUUGAAAAGUUUCAGACCAAAUUACAUAUCAUUGUGUAUGGAUACAAGUUACAUAUCAUGUCUCAUAUCCAAAUUAACAUUGUAAACAUAUCAUACAGUCCUGUAUCAUUUUUUAUGGUUAUUCGUAGUUGCCAUUUAAUUGUUGACAAAUGAUGCUUUUGGUAUGUACAGAUGAAACUUUAAGCUGGCCUUUUUAAUAGUGAUCCAUUUAAUUAGAUUAAGAAAUUUUCUUUUAUUAUAUUAUAGGAAGAUAGUUCAAAUCUUUUGUCACAAACAGUGUUUAUAUCUUUUGCAAUACAAAGUAGGACUUUCUUACAGAUUAUAAAAAUACAACCUGUUUUAGUUAAUUCUAAUGAAGAAAGAGAGAGUCCCACAUAAGUACCUAAAAUUUGUGCUGUGUUAACAUAUAUGUAUAUAUAUAUUGCUUUCAUUUCUACUUGCAACAAUGGCCACAUCAGCAGCUGUGAACCUUGGGCCGUGCAUUAUGAUAUAUUUGAGUGUUCAAACUUGAAAGAAAUAUCUUGAUAAUGCAGCGCCCUUUGUUCGGUAUGUGUGUGUGUGCGUCAUUAUGUAACGGCAUUAUAGGAAGUGGUGCAUGGAUCCAGAAUGUGUAGAGCCUCACCCCUUGAGCUGUGCCUGCCAACCGUCCCCCCAGUCACUGGAUGCCGCUUCUUACAUUACGUACCUAUUGGUCACAUUCCUGCCCAUGGCUGUGUAUCUUUGAUAUGCUGGUUAUCACUGCCUCUCUUCUCAGUCACGAAUGUUCAUUCAUUCCCACUCACAAUUUCACAAUUUUUUGCCUUUCUUUACUAGCAUCUUUUCACUUUAUUUUUCAGUUUCCUUCAUCCUGUUCUUCACCAUUCUUGUAUCAUCACUUAUCUUUUUCUUUUAAAGACUGAAAAUUUGAUUAAAAGUUCCAAUAAUUUUUUUUGUACCAUUUCAUAAUUUUUACCCUUCUUCAUCCAUGUUGUUUGUUUUACAGCCCAUAAGAUUUUCAUUGGAUUAUCUCUUUCUUUUCCAUCAGUUUUUUUUCUUAAUAUCUGAACCCUUCCUUAUUGUUUUCUUUCUUUCUUUUUCCAUCCCCAUCUCAUUCAUUGUGAAUUGGCUUGGUCUGAUGUUAGUUGAUCCAGUGAUCAUAGUAGCACUGUUGGCAGGCAGACUCUUGUUAAUGUUGAUAUUGGUCCGGGCUGUGAUUUAGUGUAUGCAAGCGCAGGAGAUGGUUAGCUAGGUAAAAUGACGUGACAAAGUUUGUCUGGUGGGCAGAAUGCUCGGAGGAGACAGAACUGCUUCACUCACCAUGUAUACGAUUGGAACCCCCUCGGCAGGGACCACAGGGCUUCCUCACAGGGCUUCAGUAACAAUGACGUUGUUGUCAGGUGAAUAUGUAGUACACUAAUGAGGCAUGUUCCCGAGUAUACAAAAAGUUACUCUAAUUCAUACAAUAUUUCAUUAAGAAUUUUUGUUAAUUAUUGUUACUGUGAAAAAUUAAAAAAUAAGUUUAAGCCUGUUAUAGAAGCUUUAAACAUAUCAAUCCUCCUCAGUGUCAUUAUUAUUUAAGUUAAAUGGAAGUCCUGUGCAAAAUCGAGGCUGACGGCACAAGCUGUGUAAAGUUUCACCUUUCUACCAUUUGUGGUUUUACAUAAUGUUGAUAUUUGCAUUGCUUAUAGUGUGAGCACAUGUUUGUGUUGGGGUAUUGCCCUGUGCAGGGGUGAGGGCCGCCUGUGUUGUGGGUGCAGCGGCCAGCCAGACUCUGCCCCGGGGGUCCCAAUAUUCGCCUUCUGGCUACAGGGUCAGGGGUAGUUUUACCUGUAUAAAUAUCAAGACAUUGUUAGCUUAUAUGCUGUUAAUGUUGACCUUGAUGUAAGACCUAUGUUAUUUGUACCAUUAUCUGUGUAAAUUAUUGUUACGACAAGUAGGUGGCUGUACUAAGAUGUGAUAUGCCACUGGCAUAAGGGCAAACUUUGCUCACAACUGUAGCUUCCAGCUGCACAAUAAGUAUGAAUUAGACUGCAAGAUUAGAUAAUGCACAAAGCAGUGUUAAGACUGAAAGUUUGUUAGCCAAAGGUUAGGCAUGCAUGCCUAUUUUUAGAGAGUGUUUAUCUCUUUGUUACAUGCUUAUAAUCACCAGAGUUAGUUAAUGAGACUUAUGAAAUAAAUUGUUAUUUUGGGCACUGAGCUCAUUCAUACAAAUAGAAUGCAGACUUAAUGCUAUGAUCUAUUAUGUAUAGUUUGGCACUGCUUUGACAGUGUCUGAUUUUAUUAAUCCAACUCUGCUCACAUUUUCAAAUUAUUCGUAAUUGAUGUCUCAUGGUUCAUGAACCAAAUGAGUUUUUGUAUAGGAGAUGAACAACGAAGGAUGAGCUUAUCGUGUAGCUGGCAGCUGUGCUCUUAGCUGUGGCGCUGAGACAGCUACAAUGUGUUCAGUUCUGCUUUCAACGAGUUGGUAUCCUAACCAGGCAGCACUGCCGGUUACUUCACGGCUGCCCACAUGAGACGGCCCUGGCUGAUGCAGUGCCCACACACUACAUCCUUAUAUGAAGUAGAGCAAUUUUUCCUAAUACAACAUUUUAUACAUAGACUUUUAUGCACCAGCACAUUCUCUAUACCUUGAGCUUCCUUUUAGGUUAAGGUAACUUUGGUCAUACUACUUUUCUGAAGGACAAUUAUUUUUUUCAAAAGCAGUUGCCAACCAAAAGAUAAUUGGAGAAACAAAUUAAGUUAAAAUGUUAUCAAUUUGGUAAUGAAGUGGGGAAAAUUAUAAAAAUUAAUAUGUAAAGGGAAAACUUGUCUUGAAUGUAGUUAUCAUGAAUAUAAAUGUCUUUUUAUAGUGCUUUGUAGUCGGAAAGGAAAAUUUUUGCCAGGGCAAUCAUGCGUGGGCAGCCAGGGCUCAUUUUAAUAGUGUUUCCUCAACAUAUCAGAUAUGAUCCCUCCUUUUAAACUGCCAUCAUUUGUAGUUGUUACUCUAUGAUCCGUUUUCCUUGUAGAUGAUAGACAGGUAGGGUGAGACGGGCGGGCCGCUUGUCACCACAUUGCCAGGCAGAGCUGGUGGUUUGGGAAAUCAGGAACUUAUUAUACUUCUCCUAUCCUGUAAUUAUGUGGGAUGCCAAUUAAAGAAAAAACAAUGAAAAUGAUGCAGAUACACUUAAAAGAUGUGAUGGACAGAUCACAAACUCAAGAAAACUUCAUUGGAAUCAGAACAAAGUCAAACGGCCUAUUCAUCAAGAUCAUCAUCUAGAAAUCCCAAGUUGCCAGCGGUACUACCUUGCCGGGUAAUGUGGCAGUGGUAAGCCAAGUCCUAGGCCAGAAGCAGCACUUGCUGCUGUAUCCGCUGGUAGCUAUGUUUGUGGCAGUGCAACUAACUGGAGGUGAUGGGAUUAGGCCUGUGAUUAUUGCUGAACAAUUCACUUAUUAGUAUUUGUUCUAGUCAUUUUCAAAUUGGAUUGAUAUUUAUAUAAUAGAUUUCAUUCCAAACGAAAUUUGUUAUUGGGGAUAUUUUGUACUGUAUGUGGUAAAACCAUGUAAAUUGACAAAUCUUCCUCUUGGACAUGUACUUGUGGCAAGGGGUCCCCUGAUAGCACUGGCAUACAGAAAAGUGAUUCUCACCUGGUACAUCAACACUGCAACCCACACGCAUCUGUAAUGUAAUGGCCAAAGAAGGCUGCCUACAUUAAAUACCUGCAGUUAAAGACAUAUGGUGAUAUGACUUUUGAUGGUUAAUGGUUUGUAUUUUCUAAUUACUAUGGUUAAUCAUAACAACAUAUUCUUUGACCAUAGUUUAUGUGCUGGACUGAAGUUAAUCAUGGUAACUGAUAUGUUCAUAGGGUUGGGUGUUGUGUAGCAAAAAAUAUGUACAUAAUUUGAAGAGAAAUGUUAAUAUUGUUUAUAAAUUGGUAUUAUUUGUUUUUAUUUUGUUAGUGUUGAAGUCAACAAUUGAAGACAAUAUAUAUUUGUACUAAGAGUUUAAUGCUUUUAAAAAUUGCCUGUUAUGUUUUUGCUUAUAAAUUUCAAGCUCAAGCUUAAUUUAACAAUUAAGACAUAACCUUCAUAAAGGUUUUUUUGUUAUAGAAAUUUAUUAGUCUUAUACUACUAAGCAGGUGAAGUGGUACAACUAUAAACAAAUAUUUCUGUUGAAUAAGAAAUUUUUAUAUAGAAUCUUAUUCAUCUUGAAGAGUAAAGUAUCGGUAAUGUACUGAAGGGUGUAAUAUAUGCUUUUAAAAAUUUAAUUAAAAAAAUAGAGAUAAAUAUAUUAUUCUUGAGAGAGAGUUUUGGUCUAUAUGGUAAUAUCUAAUACCGAAUAAUUAAAAAUACAGUUGGUGACAGAGUAUAUGCACGCGAUUUAACUACUUUAUUCUGUUAUGCUCCCUCUCCAAUUGUGAUUUGAAAUUAGCAUAUCAGCAAGUAGUUUGGAUGCCUUGUUGAAACACUAGUUGUUGGUCAUUUUUUUUUUUUUUUUUUUUUUUUUUUUUUUUUUUUUUUUUUAAUUAUAAAGGAAUAAUAUUUGAGGCAAUAUUGUACAGGGUAGAAUGCAGGGGACCCCAGUGUGCUUGACUUGCCUGUGAUAGGAUGUGGAAGGUGAAGGGCAUCCCCUCUGUAGUAGUGCGAGCCAGCAGUGGGUAUUAAGACGACGGUCUCUAAACGUGUUACCUACUGCUGGCACCACCUGCAGAUGAAAUCAAAACUUACAAGUUUAUUGGGAUGCUCUUGGAGAGUGUUCAUGGCCCUGCUGGUAGUCUGAUAACCAGUGGCAAAUGGAGAAUUAAUUUUAUUCACUUGUGAUGUGUUUUUAUGAAGAUCUAGUUUUUAGUCAGUUGAGUGAUUAAACGUACGGACCUUUUGAAUGUCCCUUUUUCACCAAAGGCCCUUCAUUAUUCCUGCAGUGUUUGUACCUGGAAAGUAUCAAGUAUUGUGCAUGUGUGUUUCUUUUGUUACCUGUUUGGAGGCCAGUGAAACUGGCUUUGGUACCUGCAUGAUAUAAGAGUGUUGGGGGGGCAUGCCCUUCACAAGUAUACAGAUCGCAAGACAUUUGCUGUUGAUACUGCAUUGUGACAGGCGAUGAUGGUGACCAUGAUACAGAAAUAAUAGGCACAUAUCAUAUUAUGUACAGUAGAUCUUUUUAAAUUGUUAUUCAUAACCUUUCAUUACCAGGGACUCAAACAAAUACAGAGACUCUGGUCUAUAUUCUGUGGUAAUUUGACCCCAGCCAACUAAUCUGUCCGUACGAGGUUGUCUUGGCAGCAUUUGUGGACAUUUUGUCCCUCAACUGAUUGGUGCCUUUUUUCCAGAUAUGUAUAUUAUUAUUGAUUAGUAUACUAUACUAUAUAUUAGAGCACAUGUGAUUCCAUAUGAUUAAGGUUUAAUUUGCUUUAAAAGCAUUGUGAUAAGUGUGUUAUAAUGGAACUCGUGUGAUAUAACCAAAUUAUAAAAUUAGAAGUGUUAUAAGUCUUGUCAUAAAUAAAAUUUAAGUCACACCAUCAGAAUUGAGGGUCAUGUCCACAGAAGUAAUUCUGAUUUUAAGGUCCUGCUGAAUGAGAACCUCGUGCGACCUGACAAGGUCUCGCUCGUGCCCUAACUGUAUCUUGUGCCAAAGAGACCCGGGGCCCAUGGCUCAACAGCUGCUGAUAGCUGUCAGUGAUGCACUCGCCCGGAGGGCACCUCGUUACCCUCACUCCCAAAGUAUACUUAACUAUGGAGAAAUAGAACCGUCCUUUUGGCAAUAACUACCCCACUGAAGGAUGUGCUCCCAAGGUGGCUGGCCCGGGCAGGGGAGAAGGGAGGGGUGUGGUGAUGCCCUCAGCCAGAGUAAAGGGUUCACCUUCACCCAGUCGGUGACAGUGGCACAUGGGCAAUGCAUCCUGAUACAGAUGCUAGUCACAAAAAUGGCCUUUCUUAAGUUUUAUACAACAAAUUAAUUUAUUCAAAUUCAGCACUUAUGUGAGGUGAGCAUUUCUGUUAUGGUCCAAUGUCCCUUGUGCCACUGCAUCCCCUUACUUGGCCGCUGGAGGAGGUGAAGCGCCAGGCCCAGGCGAGACCACUGUCACUCAACAUUUCCUCUCUCGUAACAGUCUCAUUUUUAGUACGAGAUCAGUGCAAUAAUUACGACUAGACUACAAUACCUUUGAUUUACCAUAAUUAUGAAUUAUUGGGCCUGGGGGUGGAUGCCACCAGUUACAUGUUAUAGGCCUCUGCUUGCAACAGUUUACCCAUAGUUGUUUUAUUUCACUUUUAUAUUUGUAGUGUACCUGCUAGACAGCACAUUUCUUGUACAGAGUUCCAUGCAUCCCCCAUCCAGGCCCUUGGCCAUAAAGUUCAAUACCGCUUCCGUUGACUUCCACAGUACAGUAGCUCAGUGGCCCGAUUAACCCCCUGUCACCCCCUGCCCCACCCAUUGCUGCCUCUGGCAGUGAGCAGUCCUCACCUCAUCCCUGCUGCUAAGUGGAGGACAGAGGAAGUAGUCUAUUUUAUCUACAUCAUAUUUUUCCACUAUGCAGCAGGAAACCACUGAAGUACCAGUCCCAUUUGCAGGUGUGGUGCAGCAGGUGGUGGCAGGUGGCUACUGGUUCCAUUCUGGGGUCGGGCUGCUACCAAUCCACAUGCCCAUACACACCUGCAGUUGCUGUUAUUGUUCUGGUUCCCAAGGCUUGGUUCACAUCCUUACUCUGUUGGUUAGGUUCAGCCUAUCAUAUCACGUUUGUAGUCCAUUUAUCUCAAUAAACAACGAAAAUGA